GUUGGAACAAGAAAUACAGAAAUUAGAAAGUGAGGAAUCUCAAAUAUCUGCCAAAGAACAAAUCAUUUUGGAGAAACUAAAGGAGACUGAGAAGUCCUUCGACAACUUGCAAAAGACUUUCUCACACCAGGAUGGUGAUGCAGUAAAUUACAUUUGCUCCCAGAUCCCUGAACUCCCAACCCUCUAUUCACGAACAGCAGAGCCAAUUCCUGGGCGGGACGGAGCAAGCAGAGUAGCUGGCACAAGAGAAAUGGACAUCCUGCCAAAAGACCUGCAGGGACUGUGCUCCUUUGAAAACCCUGUAACUGAGGAGAGGGCAGAGAAAUCUUCCAGAAUCCCUGAGGAUGACAUCAGGUUAAAAAAAAAUAGAGACCAAAACUGUGCCAAUUUCCUGGAGCCAGCUACUGCGCUUGCUACAAAGGAAGAAAAAAUGGAAAUUGAAGUUCCAGUUUCUGAACAUAAAAGCAUCACCACAGUGGCUUCACCACAUCCCAUAGACAAUCCAACCCACUUCUUUUCUUCUGCUGCCAGCCACAAUGGACUUAAGGACAGGCAUGAAUCUCUGGAUAGUGAAGUUGCUAAAGAGAUCAGAUAUCUAGAUGAAGUGCUGGAGGCAAACUGCUGUGAUUCUUCUGCCGAUAAUACCUCUAAUGGGACAUCCUCUCCUCAGCUAAGUGCAGUCACCAUCAUGGAUGGCUCAGGAGCUUCAGUUAAUGUCUCUAAUGAUUCAGUACCCAAUGCAGGGGAAGAAAGUGUAGCUGACAAGCAGGUGCCCUUGGUUGUUAAACCACAUGAAGCUAGUACAGCAGGUGAAAGCCUGAACUCUAAUGGCCAUUCCUUGGGUGGACUGAAGGAAGACACUGGGGAAGGUCUGAAGAUGCCAGGAAGUCCCAGUUCUUCAAACAGUUCUAGAAGAUCUUCUAAGGAUGGAGAAACAACUCUUACAACCCUUAAGAAAGAGGCUAAGUUUGAACUACGAGCUUUCCACGAGGACAAAAAGCCCUCUAAGCUCUUUGAAGAUGAAGAUGAGAAAGAAAAGUACAGGGUCCGCAAAGUGAGACCAUCAGAGGAAAUGAUAGAACUUGAAAAGGAAAGAAGGGAACUCAUUAAAAGCCAGGCUGUCAAGAAAAACCCUAACAUUGCCGCCAAAUGGUGGAACCCUCCCCAGGAGAAGACUCUGGAGGAACAACUGGAUGAAGAGCAUCUGGAAUCCCACAAAAAGUAUAAGGAGCGCAAGGAGAGACUGCAGCAGCAAAGUGCAACACCAACAUCUCCCAAACAGGUCAGCUGCUCCUUUGUACCACCAGAGCCAGUGAAUAUCAAGAAAGAGGAUAUUGUCACGGAGCAAAUUGAUUUCUCAGCUGCCAGGAAGCAGUUCCAACUGAUGGAGCAUUCAGGUCCAUCUCAAGGUCAGGUCCCACCAAGGCGGUCUGGAACACCCAAAAUGUUCUCCGUCAAACCAUUCUAUAAAAGCCUCAAUCCUUCAAAUACAGAGAGGCCUCUCUCCACCAUUACAAGACCUGUUUCAAUGUAUGGACAAACAGCUCAACAUGAGGGUAAUGACAUCGCUGUUGUCAAAGCACAGAAAGUCUCCUGUUCUUCAGAGGAAGAUACAAAUGCUCAGAGCAACAGUGCUGACCCAAUAAGAGAGUUACCAUGUAGUGAUAGCUCCAGAGCUGGACAGGCCUCGAAACUGUGGUCAGAGGAUGGAGAAUUCAUGAGUGCAAGAGCUGUCUUCACGGUGGUGAAGGAUGAUGUACAGGGUGUGCUAGACCAGCUCCCAAAGUCAGCCAGUGCCUCCUCCCCUCCCGAGGAGCUUGACUCCGGUUUGGAUGACUUGUCUGUAAGAUCUCAGGAUACCACUGUCUUGGAAACCCUUUCCAAUGACUUCAGCAUGGAUAACAUCAGUGACAGUGGUGCCUCUAAUGAAACUAUGAGUGCCCUGCAAGAAAGCUCAUUGGCAGAUUUCUCCCUGCCACAGACCCCACAGACCGAUACUCCAGCAGAGUGCAGGAGUGAAGGCAUGUCCAAAUCAUUCAGCGACCCAGGCUGUGACUCACUGUCUUCUGCCUUGGCAAAUUCUAUGCUGAUGGACAACCAGCUGGAGUACCAUGCUGGUCUGCUUGUUCAGAAUGCCAUCCAACAAGCCAUAGCCGAACAGGCAGAUAAAACAAAUGGCAAGGAAGAGAAAAUCCCAGCAGAGCAGGAUAUCUCUGCCAAAGAGCAGCCGGCCACCACCAGGCUAUCUCCAGCCUCCAAGGAGCUGCAGAACCCAGUGUUUAAGCCACCCCAGGUGUCUUCACCUGUUCAAGAAAAAAGGGACACCAUACCAAAGACUUCAAAAGAAGAUGACUCAGGACUCAGGGAAGGGAAGAGUUUGCAGCAGUCGCCCGUGUACUCUGCCAGCCAGCCAUUCCUUGUGGAGGAGAACAGGCACGAAGUCAGUUACUUCAGCAAGUAUUCAGAGGCAGCUGAGCUGAGGAGCACCGCCUCCAUCCUUGCCACGCAGGAACCUGAAGUGACCGUGGGCCCUUUCAAGUUACGAUCAAGGAAGCAGCGGACUUUAUCAAUGAUAGAAGAAGAAAUCAGAGCUGCCCAGGAGCGAGAAGAGGAGCUGAAGAGGCAGCGGCAAGGUCUGCAGAUGGCACCAAGCCCUGUUACAAAGAGCGCACCACCCCUGCCCACCAGAACAGUGUCUUACAAAACUGCACCAGGAAAGAUAGAGAAAAUCAAGCCUCCUCCAUCCCCCACCAUAGAAGGCCCUGCCUCACACUCCGACCUGCAGGCUGAGGAGCCUGCAGGAGCCCAGAGACCCAAGAACCUGAUGGAGACCCUCAUGGAGGAUUACGAAACACACAAAACCAAGAGACGAGAGAGGAUGGAUGACAGCAGUGUGCUGGAGGCCACCAGGGUGAACCGCAGGAAGAGCGCGCUGGCGCUGCGCUGGGAGGCCGGCAUUUACGCCAACCGGGAGGAGGACGAGUAGCUGUGCAGCAGCACCUGCUGAACCAAAAAAAAAAAAAAAGGAAAAAAAAUAAGCAGCAUUUUAAUCCGAUAUUUAUUAAAUACACAACGAACUUGUUGAUGCACACAGACACAAAAACAAUCCAGCUCCCGGCAACUCUAAAACAACAGGAACAGCCCACUUGGAAAACACCCCCUCCUCCCACCCCUGCUUCCCCCUCCCACAUGAUGCUGGGGUUGCAGGGGCCAGGGAUCCCCAGGACGCAGCUUGGGGUCUGUGCCCACAUCGGCCUCACCCCUGCAGCGUGACGACGUCACCCUCUGAUGCUGUUUGUUUGAGGGGACCGAAAGAUUUGGGGUUGGGAUUGGAGUGGGGUUGGUUUUUUUGGAGGGGGGGGUCUGCGCCCCUUAUCUAGUAAUUUAUCUGUUUAAAUGAAAAAAAAAA